AUGUUAGCUUUGGUGCUGGUCGCCUUUAUUACCAUGCUAAGCAUGGGCAUCAUUUGUCGUAAAAAACGCAUUUCUGAUGAAAACAACGAGUCAAGAUUGACGGUACCUUGGGGACCUCGUCCUUGGCCUGUUAUUGGUAAUCUCCUUCAAUUAGGUUAUCGUCCGUACGAAACAUUGUACCGCUGGUCGAAAAUGACAAAAUAUGGUCCAAUAUUUCGCCUUCGCCUCGGCUCACAAACGGUUGUUGUGCUCAAUUCAUCACCGAUCAUUCGCGAAGCCUUACAUGACCAUAGUGAAAUAUUUGCUGGUCGACCAUAUCUUCAUAUGAUUCAUGAAACAUUACAUGGCAAAGGUGUUAUAUCAGCUCCAUAUGGCCGAGAAUUCAACGACCACAAGAAUUUUCUUAUUAAAAAUUUCAAUCGAUUUGGUCGUCGGCGACGAUCAUCUCUAGAAAAUGGAUGUCUGGAUGAAGUACGCUUUGUUGCCGAACAAAUUCGGGAACAGCAAUCGUCACCGUUUCGUGUCGGUAAUAUGUUAAGUCAAAUAUCAUGUAAUAAUAUUUGCACAUUAACAUUUGGCCGAUACUUUGAAACGAUGAACAUGAAUCAUUUAUUUGAGAAAAUCAAUGAGAAUUUCAAUCAAACAGCAACAAUAGCCUGCUUCAAUUUCUUGCCAUUUACACGACGAUUUCGCAAGAAUAUCUUCGAGAACGUCAACGACUGUAAUCGUGUCAUACAGAAGUUGGUUGGCGAACGCGAAACCAAUUUUGAUAAUGAAUUUAUUACCAACAUUGUGGAUGCUUAUUUGGAUGAAAUGAACCAACAUCGACAACGAAGUGCGCACUUCUCCAGAGAAAAUCUCGAUUCACUUGUUCAAGAUUUAUUUGUGGCUGGAACAGAAACCGUAUCAAAUACAUUAAAUUGGGCAAUCUUUUAUAUUGUUGCGCAUCCACAUGUGCAACAGAAAAUUCACGAAGAAAUCGAUCGAGUAAUUGGCAAAGAUCGACCACCAUGUGAGAAAGAUCGUUCGCGAAUGUCUUAUGUUGAAGCUGUCUUACUCGAAUCGAUGCGUUGUCAUUGUGCUGGACCUAUUCUGCUGCCACGAGCCACCACUCAAGAUAUAACAUUUCACGGUUAUUUCAUUCCAAAAGAUACAUUCAUUCUGGUAAACAUGUGGUCAGCAAUGAAGGACGAGAAGAAUUGGAUCGAACCCGAAAUGUUCAAACCGGAACGAUUCUUGGAUGAAAAUCAAUCUUUACGAAAUGUUAACAAUCCAGCAAUGAUGCCGUUCAGUGUUGGUAAACGUGCAUGCACAGGUGAACAAAUCGCCAAAAUUCAAUUAUUUUUGAUUCUUGUCAGUUUAUUUCAAAAGUUUGAAUUUCAAUUUUCAAAUGGCUGGACUCCGAAAGAUCUCCGUGGUCAACCUGGUAUCACCCUUCGUCCACCAAACUGCCAAUACGAAGCCUUCAUUCGAUAA